AUGGAGGAAAAAGGAGAUGGUGCGCUUGGUAUGGCAAAUGUUGGAGGUGCUGGCAACGUGGCCAAAGUGGUGUUACUUCUGCUAAACAUGAUGUUUAUGGUGUUUGGGUGCCUAUUGGUGUACUUUAGCCACCGUGUCAAGAAAUCUGGGUGGCUCGACGCCUUUGAGAGCGAUUACACGUGGAUUGGCUCGUCCACACUUAUUUUUACACUGGUAUUGGGUGCAGUGGUUAUUAUAGUCUCGGCAUUUGGUUGUUUUGGUGCCUUGCUGCAGCAAAAGUUGCUGCUUACGAGCUAUGCUAUUGUACUUGUCAUUACGACCAUUCUCUUUAUCGUGGUGACUGUGGGAGCCAACAUGGCCAAUUCCAAAGCCUCUAACUGGAGUAGUGUUGUCUACCCAGCGACGAACGACGAGGAAUCUCUAGGAAGCAAUUUUAAUCAGCUCUAUUGCUACGCUCAGGUACCUUAUUAUUGCCAGGAUGCUACAGUAAAUACGAUGCUGAAGAUGUUUAACGUCUCGGCUCCAGGCCACUUCACAGACAUGACGACCAAUGUGACAAAUAUUUGCUCCACAGUAAAGCUUCCAAUUAUCAGCAACGUCUGCAUUGUGUGUGACUUGACUGCUAAAUACAAAAAGUACUCGAUGGUUUUGGACUGGAUCGAGACGUCGUGUCCCCGAACGAGCACGAACCAAGUCUGGUGCGGCGGCUUCCUGCUCAAUGCUACAGCUGCGAAUGACAUGUCGACCAACGCGCCGUUUAUGGAAUGCCGUAGUGCCUUUUACCAGCUUGUGGAGAAGUGGACGAACGUCGUGAUAGUGGCUAGCACCAUCUGCAUCAUCGCAGCCGGCAUUGUACUCGUUAUGACAGGUGUGCUGUGGCGGAACGUGCGAGCAGCACGACAACCGACGGAAAUCGUGGCAACUUCACCAGCCCCAAUAUACCACAACUGUGACCAGAUGAUAGGCCUUUCACAGCGCAGCGAGGCAACGAAUACUAACAACUUCAGCAUGUUUUCGACUGCACCUUGCAAUCCCAAUCCUGGGCAUCGUCGAUAUGAUAGUCCGUACUAG